ACAAUUCCAAUUAGUGUCAACCAAAUUAUAAAACACCUGAAACACUCCUAUCUGGACCAUUGGGAUACAAACACUAAAACACAAAACAAACUAGAGUGCUAUCGAACCCUAAAUAGAAAUUACACCCUGGCAGAAUACCUGGUAACUGUCAGAAACACAAAGCAGAGGCAGAUCCUGACCAAAUACCGGCUCAGUGACCACAACCUGGCCAUUGAAAAAGGCCGACAGAGGCAAACCUGGCUGGCCAGGGAGAACAGGCACUGUGGUCACUGUGAGACAGGAGAGGUCGAGACAGAGAUUCACUUCCUGACACACUGUGAAAAAUAUAAAAACAUAAGGGACAUUUUCUUCCCCAAAUUCUGUGAUUUAGUCCCAGAAUUCCCAAAAAUGUGUGAUACCCAGAAGCUGUCAAUCCUGCUGGGGGAAGACAAACACACAGCCAGACUGGCUGGUCAAUACGUGGAGACCUGUCAUAGCCUGAGGGACAGACCGUGAACACGUCACACUAGAGAGGGAAAAGAGAGAGGGAGGGAGGGAGGGAUUCUGUUUAAUAUAGAAAGAGGGAGGGAGGGAGGGAGGGGGUAUUGUUUAAUUGAGGGAGGGGGGAUUCUGUUUAAUAGAGGGAGGGAGGGGGAUUCUGUUUAAUAUAGAGGGGGGAAGGGGGUACUGUUUGAUAUAGAGGGGAAGGGAGGGAUUCUGUUUACUGUAUUAAUAUAGAGGGAGGAGGGAUACUGUUAGUAUUAAGAAAAAUUCUUUGUCUGUAUAUUUGAGUUGGUUAUGCCAUGUAUGUGCUUUGGCAACACAAUUAUUUUUAUUGUCAUGCCAAUAAAGCCAAUUUGAAUUUGAAUUUGAGAGAGAGAGAGAGAGAGAGAGAGAGAGAGAGAGAGAGAGACUGUCCCUCUGUCUGUAUGUGAAAGGUGAGGGAUGGACUGACAGAAGCUGGAGACUGCGCGAUCUGUCUGUAUAUCUAUCUAUCUACAGUUACUUAUGUAUCGAUAUCGCGUCUGCCUGUCGUCUGUUUGUCUAUAGUGCAAUUCGGGGACUGUCAUUAUAUGUGUCGUUACUGCUUUACGUAACACACACACUCUCUCUCUCUCUCUCUCUCUCUCUCUCCCUCUCUCUCUCUCUCUCUCUCUCUCUCUCUCUCUCUCUCUCUCUCUCCCUCUCCUUGGAAGAACUCGGCUCACGCCAAGGUAAAUCUCGCAGCUCUCUCCGCUCCUAAAGCCGUCGUUACAUCAUUUAACAGAGGGCACAAUCAGAGAAUAGAGUUAAGAUGACAAAUCCGAUUUAACGAGUACUUACAGUCAGUCAGCAAUGGAACACGCUGUGUCUGACGGGGGGCGAGCUAUGACCCUCUCCAGCGCCCCCCCGGUGCGCCGCGGCAGCACCCCCGUCCCGAUCAAGCACCAGCUCAAGAGGGAGAGCGCCAUCGUCUGCGAAGACUACGAUUGGACGCCGGGCCUGCCAGGCCCCGCCCCCCCGCCAAUCAGCUUCUCCUCGGCCUCGGAAGAGUCCAUCGCCCCUGCCGGGCGGGGGGAAGCCGGGGGGGAGGGGGAUGGAGAUGGGCUGAUCCACAUUCUCCUGCUGGGGCAGAGCGGGGUGGGAAAAACUGUGCUCGCUGGCGCCCUUGCAGGGGGAGAUGGGAGAACUGCGUCUGUGGACUCGGAAACCACUGAAGGAGACAGCUAUGAGAGGACAGUAACUAUAGAUGAUGAAGAAGUCACUAUUAUCCUGUACGAUAACUGGAAAAAGGACCUCUCCCUCCUCUCCUUCGAUCUCUGUUUCAUUCUGUUUUCUCUGACGGAUCGACGCAGUUUCCAGCGCGCCUCAGAGCUCCGCCUCCUCGUCCGGGAGUCCCGCCCACAAACCCCCAUCAUCCUCGUGGGGAACAAGAGCGACCUGGUGAGGUCACGAGAGGUCAACCACGAGGAAGCCCGCUCUCACGCCGCUCUGUUCGAGUGUCGCUUCGUCGAGGUCUCUGCUGCUCUGGAUCACAACACCUCCGCUCUGCUAGAAGGCGCUGUGAGGCUGCUUCGCAGAUCCGAAGGGGCCGGGCCGGGCCUGUCACCACGGAGACGGAGGGAGAGCCUCACCAAGAAGGCCCGGCGCUUCCUGCAGAGCCUGGUGCCCAAGCACUACCCCUCGGGGGGCAAAUUCUUCCGCCAGAAAUCUAGAUCCUGCCACGACCUGACCGCAACCUAGAACACAGGCCUACAAUGAAACUUUAAAAUUACUUUCAACACAAUCACUGACUGCUAACCAAGGCCUCUUUAAAAUCCAUUCUCUUAUCUCUUAUUAGCACUGGCAACAUUAUCACUGGCCCCUUUAAAGGAGAGCUAACCAUCUUUAAAAUCCAUUCUGUUGAUUCCUUGAUGACUAAUACCAGCCUCUAACUCCUAAAGAAAGUGUGGGUUGUGUAUGGCAGAUGUAUAUUUUGUCCAUUCACAUGUCUCCAUAUUCUUCACUGUACUAAAACCACAUGCAGUAUUAGACAGACUUUCAAUGAUUUUUCUGCCUUUAAAAACGUGUUGUAUGUGAAGAAAAAAUGUAUGUAGCCAUUUUACUUUUAAAAAGACAAGAUAAGUAAAUCAAUAUAUUAUCUUGUAAAUGCUAAUGCAGAACUAAGACAACACACCACAAUAAAUGCAGUGUAGUCAACGUGACCAACAGACAUGGUUUUUAAUAAAAUAAGUUUUGCAAAUGUAUGUAAUUUAUGUAUAAAUGUAUCUUUUUACUGAACAGAAAUAAAAACGUGCAGUGGAAUUUAUAAUGUAGCACUUUACCUCAUAAAAAACGUAUUAAAUUGUUCUAGAGGUAAUUCACAAUUCUUUUGCAUGUAAAAAAGGUGUCUAUAUGAAAAAUACUGUAUUGCAUUUCACAAAACAUUAAUCUUUAAUAAAAAUGCAAUUCAAACUCUUA